AUGAUUUCUAAAUCAUCAAGCAUCUAUUCCAAUGAUCAUUAUGAUUCAUUAUCAUCAAGUAUUGAUAAUAUAACAAUUGCAUCGCGAACACAAUUAACAUAUUUAUUUUCAUUGGAUUUAAUUCAAUCUUCUGCUAAUUUUAUUUAUCCAAAUGUUCGAAUAAUAUCAUCGGGUUAUUUUUCUAAUCAAACGAAUAAAAAUUCCAUUUAUAUCUUUUCAAAUACAUUAUCAUCUAAGAAAAAUGUCCCAUUAAUUUUUCUUGGAAGUGAAUAUUUCUUACGUAAAACAAUUAAUUUUGAUCAUAUAAAAUUUCCGCUGUCAACAAAUGAAUAUCUUGAACCAUUAGUUGAUUUAUUUCUCAAUCGUUCACAAUUUAUUCAAGAAAUUCCUCAAUUAGAUAAUCUAUCCGAUUAUCUUUAUUUACCACAAUCAAUAUCUGCUUUAGUAUUUUUUGAUUCAUUAUUAACUCCAUCACUUCGUCAUCAAUGUUAUGAAUUACGUACAAAAGAAAAUAAAAAUAAAUUUACUAUAAAAGAUUUAUUCGUCAUGUCACAACGUGAAAAUAAUAUUAUUCAAAUAAAUGCAUUAAAUGAUAAACGUUAUCAUGCAUUUAAAGAUCAAUUAACUGAUAUCUAUUAUUCAAAUAAAAUAACAAAAAUAAAUUCACAUACUUUCAUAUAG